ACUCUAGUAAAAGAAAGAAAAAGGCAGUUUGUGGUCUAUUUUUCAUUUUAGACGUUAAGAACUUGAUGGUUCGUUUAAUAUAAAGAUGACUUCUAAACUACUAGAAGAUGCCACAUUGAUUUAUUUGGUAAUAUUGACGCGUUUUGAAGAAUCAGAGGCCCUUGCUCAAACCAUCAGCGAAACUCAGAAAAAUGAAGAUCCACAAUUACAUUUGAUGGAUUCACGCGCCAACACAGUUGAUCGAAUUGUUGAAAUACAUGAUGAUUUAUAA